CUCCGUCUCCUGCGGGUGAUGAAUGCGGAUGAGACUUGAUGAUUCGCUUAGGCAGCGACAUUGUGACUAAGCUGUUGGAUGCUCGCUUUGCGCCGUUGCUUCCGCAGAGCAACGAUGUUCGGCCAAAGGCUUGACCAGGUUUGCUUAUGUCGACUGCGGGCUCAGAUUGCCAAGCGGUUGUGAGAGCAGCUCGGAAGCUUGUGGAUUGCAGUGGUGAUCGUACAAUAGCGCAGCGCGCUGUGCCUUGUGUGUGCGGCGUGCGAAGUCGUGCGAAUGGAUGUGACAGGCAGCGUAUGAUGCAUAGGCGUGGAUGUAGUAUCGGUGUGGCAGGCGUGGUGUGGAGGUGCGAAGUGAAAGAUUGGACUGACACUGCGACUUGAAUCUUGAGUACGCGCAGAAGCGCCAGCCGCUAUCUGCGUGUGAACAGCCAGGUAUAUACGGCACAUGUCAG